GGUACCGUGUUAGUGUUGGGAGGUCAAGGUAAAGAAGAAGACCGUAGGUACUCACUUACGAGUGUGGGGGAGCUUACCCCAUGCACCGGCCUUAUUGUACUCGUGCAUAAGGUCCAUGAAGAGGUGAUGCACGCGGUGCGUUUGCAAUAAUUAGUCUUCUUCUCUUAGCCCCACCAUUUCAUAUAAUACACGGAAGAUGACCCGCUUCAGUUUCAGUCGGUAAUCGAAAGUGGUUUCUGAAGUGGUGCUUAGUGAUAUUAAAAGUUAAGAAAAAUGAAAUCUACAAUUUUGUGUUUCGCCCUCAUGGGAAUCUGCGUAGCACAGCUUCAAAACCAAAGGAUUCUAGAAGCUCCCGUUCCUACUCUUUGUUCCCAAAGGAUUAUUCAUGAAAGAACUCCAGAUGGCAAAGGAUACUUCUUCAGCUGGAAAGACCAAAACACCAAAGGAGUAGAACAAGAUUGGUUAUCAACUAGAAACUACUGUAGGAAACGUUGCAUGGACUUGGUUUCUUUGGAAACAAGUGCCGAAAAUGAGUGGAUCAAAAGGCACAUAGUUGAAGAUAAGAUAAAAUACAUAUGGACUUCCGGUCGUCUGUGUGACUUCAAAGGCUGCGACCGUCCAGACCUCCUUCCCAAUAACGUGAACGGUUGGUUCUGGACAGCCGUUCUGCAAAAACUAGCACCAACAACUCAAAGAGACCAGAAUGAUUGGUCCGAAACCGGAGGCAUCGGCAAGCCACAACCAGACAACAGAGAAGUCAUCCAGCAAGGAGGAGCACAAGAAAACUGUCUUGCCAUUUUGAAUCAGUUUUACAAUGACGGAGUCAACUGGCACGACGUUGCCUGUCACCACGUGAAGCCUUGGGUGUGCGAGGAAAAUGAAGAUCUUCUUAAAUACGUUAGGUACACCAACCCAAAUUUGUUAAUUUAAAAUUGUAGAUAGCUCGUGACUGAACAAUGACAUAUACUAUACAGGGUGUUUCAUUAAUAAUUGUCCAUAUAGUAACUGGAGAAACCUUAGCACAAAAUACGAAGAUUUAACCUAAAACACUUAAAAAAUGUGGUUCCUUACUGGGUUACAGGUUGUUUUAACUAAAGAUUUAAAAACUAUUUUGCUCAGCAUUUUAAAACUAUUCGACUUAUUCUUUUCAUACUUGGCAGGAAGUCGGUAUAGGUAAUGUACAAAACAAAUUAUUUUAAACAAACGUUUCUGGCUAUUACCAGAGGCGUACGACGGGGGAAAGUGAAUGGUUGACCCUUUCCAAAGUCUACGCCACUGGCGAAAUUGCUAUUUUAGUUCAAUUUUUGGAUUCUCCAAUCCGUUCUAUGAAAAUUAUAUACUCUUCAUUGGUAACGAUAAAGUCAUUACUAGUUUUCGAGAUCUUUGAAGUUAAAAAUGAAACGACACGGGAUUUAAUGUAUUGUGUAACUUCAUGUUUAAUUUCAAAUAUCUCGAAAACUAAUGAUUUUACCGUUAUCAAUGAAGAGUACUUUAUUUACGUAGAAAGUAUUGGAGAAUCUAAAAAUGACACUAAAAUAGUAAUUUCUCCAGUGGCGUAGAAUUUGAGAAGAGUCAACCAAUCACCAUCCCCUGUCGUACGCCUCUGGUAGUAGCUAGAAACGUUUGUUUAUCAAAAUUUAGUAGGGUGUCUAGUAGUCGCACUUUCUGCCUAGUAUGAAAAGGAUACGUCGAAUAGUUUUAAAAUGCUGAGCAAAAAUAGUUUUUAAAUUUUUAGAAAAAACACCCUGUAACUCAGUAAGGAACCCCAUUUUAUUUAAGUGUUUUAGGUUAAAUCUUCGUAUUUUGGGCUAAGGUUUCUCCAGUUACUACAUAGACAAUUAUUAAUGAAACACCCUGUGUAGACCCAGGACACAGUUUAGUGCUAAAGAAUUAGUAAGUUCACUCUCAAAUUUUGACGGUUCAAAUUUUGCAAUCCACUCCUGGAGAUAAAAUUUUGAAUGCGCGGCGAUAACAACCAAUCCCGGAAGGACUAAAAUUUCUGAUUCGCCGUCACCAAAAUGGAAUAUGUAUAGAAAACAAAGGAUUUUCGCGGAGUGACCCUAUUGAUUUGUUAGCAUUAUACUGUCAUCGAAGUAUGCAGUCUGUUUUGUAAAUUUUUAUGUCAGAAAACAGACUUAAUUUUAAAAAAAUAUGUACAGAUAGUUAUUAUAAGAAACACAGUCGGAGUUUUAUCUUCGUAUUAUUUAGAAAUAUGAUUUUAACAUUUUAUUUAUUCGAUAUUAGAGUAUAGUUCUGUAUAAAGCGAAAAAAUUAUAAAAUUUGUACGCAUAUCGAAAAAAUCUUAAAAAUUAUUAAAAAUCGGCAGAUAGGUUAAAAUUUUUUCUUUCGUGUAGGUAUAAAUGUCAUUAUACACUAUACACAUAAACUGUAAAUCUACCUGUAUCUGGUGGAGAUAUGAUAUUUACUUCUACGACCAUUCCAAAACACACCAAGCAUUUUUAUUAUUAUUAUGCCUGGUCUUUGUCAUACGGUGCCUAUCCUAGCCCUGAAGAAUCAGUUGCAACAAGCCAUAUGUCUAUUCAUAUGCCUUCAAGAUAUGUUUAAGCUCUUUGAUUGUGUUAAUAAUCUCUCUUUCUUUGCCUAUUCUACGUAAGACCUCAAAAUUAGUCUUCCGAUCCAUCCAUGAAAUUCUCAAGAUACAUCUGCAUCUGCAACAUCACAUCUCGAAGGAAUCGAGCUUUCUGAAAUAACCUUCAGAAAGUGUCCAGGCCUGUAUUCCGUAUAAUAACGUAGAAAAUACAUAGCAUCUGAUGAUAGACAUUUUGGCACCUAGUGGUAAAUCGUGACUACUGAAAAGAGACUCCAUCUUUAUGAACACUGAUCUUGCCUUUUCGAUCAUCAUCAUCAUCAUCAUGCAACCUCUUCUGUCCACUGCUGGACAUAGGUCUCUCCCAUUUUUCACCUCUCCACGGUCCUGUGCGUAUUGUUGCCAUUUCUUGGAUACCCGUUUAAUGUCGUCCAUCCCGCGUGUUGGUGGUCGUCCUCUGCUGCAUUUGUCUUCUCUUGAGCGCCAGCCUUUUCAAUGCGUUGUUUUAUUUCAGUAGAGUAGUCCCAUUGGCUGGUACAAAGGUAAUUAAAUGUAAUUGUUUACCCUGUCAAUUGGUUGUUGGUUAAUCAAAAGCUCUGUAUUUAAUAUUUCGCGCUUACUGAUUAUCAUCUACUUUAUUUUUUCGGAUUGAGAUCAAGUCCAUGUUCUCUACUUAUGAUAUGAGCGAUGAUAUUCUUUGCAAAUCAUCUAAGCCAACUGCAAAACCAACUGCGUCGUCGGCAUACAUAAUGUUGUUUAGACGCACUCGAUUGACUACUCCUUCCUGUAGUUCUUCCAGUGCUUGCUGGAAGAUAUGUUCACAGUACAUAUUAAAUACCACCGGGGACAGAAUGCAUCCUUGUCUCACUCCUAUAACCACUUUAUGCAUCUGCUAUUAAGCAGAUCUAUAAUCAUUGAUUGUAAUACAUUCUUUUUGGUCAUUUAACUCCUCUUGUAAGAAUGAAUUCACAGCAUGUCCUCACACAAAAGAAAAAAAUUGCCAAAGAAAAAAAAUUCAAACAAAAAAUAGCUAAAAAGUACAAAAUAUAAAAAAUUGUUUAAGCUUUCACUGGGAAUGUAAAAUAAAGCUGGUACAAUGUAAAAGAAAGUUCAAAAUAUUUUGUGCAACAAUAAUAUACAUAAUUAUUAAUAAUAUUAAAUUUACGUUGUAGGAUUAAGUAUUUAUUAUUAAAUUUACGCUAUUAAAUUAUUUAUAAAUC